AUGAAUGUCCAGGACCCACCCACACUCCUGCAGCUGGCAGUGCAGAGGCUGCUGAGGGAUGAGGCCCUGGCCAUCUCUUCUUUGCAGUACCUGCCUAGAAUGCUAUUCCCACCACUGUUCAAGGAAGCCUUCUACCACAGACAAACUAAUGUCCUGCGAGCUAUGGUGGCAGUCUGGCCUUUCCCCUUUCUCCCUCUGGGGACCCUGAUGAAGACUCCCCACCUGGAGAUCUUGCAGGCUGUGCUGGAUGGAGUCGACAUGCUGUGGACACCAAAGGUUCUCCCCAGGAGACGGAAGCUUCAAGUGCUGGACCUGAGGAAUGUGCACCAUGAUUUCUGGGAUGUAUGGGCUGGACCAGAGGAUGGAGACUGCUCAGCAGAGACUGUGUGUGAAAAGCAAAAAGGAAAGCGCCUUCCCAGAUACGCAGUGAGGCGACGCUUGAAGGUGGUCACUGAUCUUUGCCUCAGGUUCCAUCUGAAUGAACACCAAACAUACUUGUUACAGUGGGCCCAGCAGAGAAGAAGGUCUAUAUGGCUGUGCUGUGUGAAGCUGCAGAUUUGGGCGUUGCCUGUAUACACUGUCAGGAAAGUCUUGACGGUUUUUCAGCCAGACAGCGUCCAGGAGUUGGAGCUGAAUACAGGUUGGAGUCUGUCCACACUGGUGAAUUUUGCAUCUUACCUGGACCGGAUGAGAAAUCUUCAAAAACUCCUUUUAACACGGAUCCACAAGAACACCUUCAGGGUUCUAAAUACCUCCUUGGACAUACGGAAGUGUAUCACCAAGUUUGUUUCUCAGUUCUCCAAACUCAACUCUCUCCAGUAUCUUUCCAUGAAUGGCAUCUACUUUUCCAGUGAGCACAUGAAACAGUUGUUCAGGUACCUGAAGACCCCUUUGGAGAGCCUGUCCAUCACUAUGUGCAAGCUUUCACAUUUAGACUUGACUUCCUUGUCCGAGAGUCAGAACCUCCAUCAGCUCAAACACCUGAACCUGAGACUUGUGAAAUUAAUAGACUUAUAUCCUGUGCCUUUCCAUGAUCUCCUAAAGAGUGUUGCAGACACUCUGGAGACCUUAGAGUUGGAAGGCUGCUGGAUGGUGGACUCCCAACUCAUUACCCUCCUGCCUGCCCUGAGCCAGUGCUCCCAGCUCACCAGGAUCAAUUUUUAUGACAAUGACAUCUCCAUGGCUGUUCUGAAGGACCUUUUGUAUCACACAGCCAGUCUGAGCCAGUUGACCCAGGAGUUGUACCCCGCUCCUCUGGAGUGCUAUGAUGACAGGGGUGAUGUACUCACGGGACAAUUUGCCCAACUUUGUUCUGAGCUCAUGGGUACACUCAUUACUGUAAGGCAGCCCAAGACAGUCUCCUUUGCUACAUAUAUCUGUCAUGAAUGUUACCAGCGCUGCGUCUAUGACCUGGAGACCAGACUCUGCCGUUGUCAGCAGUAA